UCCAGGUUGAUAAGUAAGAAGGAUAGGCUGAGAUAUGAUCUGAGAGGAGGUGUGGUUUUGAGAAUGAAGAGAUAGAUAGAGCUGCAUGACCUCUGUCUUGCAGUAAGGUGGUGUAAAUCCAGAAGAGCAGCGGGCUGCGCACCGAACCCUGAGGCACACCACUGGUGAUUCAUGAUGAAGAGGGUUUUGCUCUUGGUUUUUCUUGGAGCUCUGAUGCCUGUGACAUUCCCACAGACUCGUAUGUUUUACUUUGUGCCGAAAUUGAUGAGAUGGUCAGAUGCGCAGAUACACUGCAGACGGAAUUACAUUGAUCUGGCCACCAUCGAUGACCAGACUGAUAGGGAUGAGAUGAUAAGAGUCAUACGGCAGUUUCAUAAUGGGGACGUGUGGACUGGACUCAGUCGGACAGACAAGAGCACUCCCUGGGUCUGGUCCGAUCAGAGCCCAUCCACGUUCAUGCCAUGGGCUCCCACUCAGCCAAACAACUGUCAUGGCAAUCAGUACUGUGUGGCAAUGACUCAGGGGGCGGAGCUUAAUGAUCUGAAUUGUGAAGGAACCCUUCCUUCUGUUUGCUAUACUGAGAGACUCAAACAGACGGUGAGACUGGAAAUCAAAUCAAAUCAAAAUGUGAAUGAUCCUGCUGUGAAUUCGGAGAUUCUGCUGCAGAUAGGGAAGAGAUUGAAGGAGAAUGGAUUAAAAGAUUAUGCAAAGCUCUCAUGGAAGAUUCAGCCAGAUGCAAAUGUCUUCCAGAAGACUGAUGCCACUCAACAGACUGAACCUUGUAAAACAGACGGAAGAAAGACGUUUUAUUGAUCCACUAUUAAACAAUAGUAUAGUGAGAACUGCAUCUUUGAUUUGACACAUAAUUACCCAUUUUAGCCGAUUAUGUAUAAAACUAGCUCUUUAUGUUGGUGAAACAAAACCUAAUUAUUUUAAUUGUUUAUUCAUUUCUAUGGGGGGACAAAAAUAAGGAGUUUCCAGUUUAUGUGGCCAUUUCAUUUUAGAGAUAAAUACUGUUUUUGAUAGUUUAUAUAUUAUUUAUUUGAACAUAAAAAAAAAAAAACCGUUAAGUUGUAUAGCAUUUCUACUGAAGUGAACAUUCUUCCCUCUGAUCGAAUGUAUUGUCGAUGUUAGAGAACUAACAGCCAGCAGACACAAUCAUAUUAAAGCAGCCAGUGAUGCUGAAUUUGCAUCUGCUUCAUUUAUGUCACAGAUCGACUUUUGUACUAAAACUGAAUGUCAAUCAAAGGAAAAAAAAAAAUCGUUUUAUUUAUUUAUUUUUACACAGAUUAUGCAUCAAAGGUACUGUAAUGAGAACAAUAUUUAUGCUUCAUAUGCAAUCUUAAUGUUUUGGCUUUAUGCUUUGUAUAUGUUCAGCAGGUUGUAGACUAGAAAUUAGCUUUGGGUUUAUAUAAAUGCUUGUCAUGUAAAUCUCUGCUGUCAUGGAUUGAAUUUCAGUAGCUUUUUUGUAAAGUAUGUAAAAAGUCAUUCAGAUACAGAAGAGAGGACAGGAAACUCAUUACACAGACUGUCAGAGAUGGAAUAAGAAAGUGUUUUCUGCAGCAGAUUGACGAUUAAGAGCAGUUGUUCAUGAUGAAGACUGGUUCUUUUGGAAGGAAAGUGGUGUGUUUUCUUCCUUUUUUAAUUAAUUUUUAUCAUUUUUACUCUAUAAAGAUCUAUCUACUGUUUCUUAUUUCAAAGGCCUCUAAAUGAUAUCAAAACUGUGCUUUAAACCUGUUUCACAGUCUUCUGUCUUCUGUCUCUGAUUGAUAGUUUAGAGUGUUUUAUUCAUUAAAAGCUCUUCUAG